AUGGAGACAGAUCCCAAUGGAGACCCCAGCCAUCAUUUGAAACUCCAGACUGACUUCCAUCCAGAGUCCAGAGUUCUUCCAAAGAGCAUCUCUAGCCGGGGCUUGGUGUCUCAGGCGGGGGGGGUGGGGCUAACUCUAACUUGGGAGCGGCCUCGCUCUCGUCAUAGGCGGAGUUGGCAGUGGAACCAGUUCUUUGUGAUUGAGGAGUACAGAGGACCAGAACCAGUGCUCAUCGGACGGCUGCACACAGACAUGGACAGGGGCGAUGGGCGUACUAAGUACAUAUUAGAAGGAGAAGGGGUGGGGUCUGUGUUUGUCAUCGACGGGAACACAGGAAACAUCCACGUCACCAAGUCCCUGGACCGAGAGGACAAGGACCAGUACCGCCUGAUUGCUACAGCAAUCAACCGCCAGACAGGCCGUGCCCUCGAACCCUCGUCCACGUUCAUCAUCAGAGUUCAGGAUAUCAACGACAACCCACCUGUCUUCCAGAAUGAGCCCUACACCGCCACUGUGCCCGAGAUGGCCAAUAUAGGUACAUCCAUAAUCCAGGUGACAGCCACGGAUGCAGACGACCCUACGUAUGGUAACAGUGCCAGGCUGGUGUAUGCUGUGACCCAGGGCCAGCAGUAUUUCUCUGUGGAUCCUCAGACAGGUGUCCUACGUACUGCUGUAACUGACAUGGACAGGGAGAGUCAGGACACCUAUCUGGUAGUACUUGAGGCCAAAGACAUGGGGGGGCACCUGGGGGGGAUGUCAGGGACGACCACAGUCACUGUGAGGCUGAGUGAUGUCAACGACAACCCCCUCACUUCAGAAAGAUGGAAGUUGUGA